AUGAUGCUGUCGCGGUCUGCCAUCAGUCGAAAUGCGCCCCGUGCGCUCCAGAACGCUGCCGGCCGUCGGGGCAUGGCCUCUGCCGCUACUCCGGGCCUCCAGUACGACGUCUCUGAGGCUGGUGGUGUAAAGAUUGCCAACAGAGAACCUGCUGGUGUCACUGGCACUCUUGCUCUGGUGGCCAAGGCCGGUACCCGUUACGAGCCGUUUCCUGGUUUCGCCGACGCCCUCGAACUUUUCGCUUUCCAGUCUACACUCAAGCGUUCGGCGCUACGGAUCACUCGGGAGGUUGAGCUGUUGGGUGGUCGAUUCUCCGCAUCACAUUCCCGUGAGAACGUUGUUCUCAACACCAAAUUCCUCGCCGAAGACCUUCCCUACUUUGUUGAGCUGCUGGCAGAAGUUGCUUCCCAGACAAAAUUUCCAGGCUACGAACUCAACGAGAUUGUCGCCAAGCUCCUGAAGCUCAGACAAGUCGCUUUGGCCAACCAGCCAGAGGCCAUCGCCCUCGAUGCCGCUCACGGUGUUGCUUUCCACCGCGGCCUAGGCAACAGCAUCAGCGCCUCGGCUCAUGUCCCAUACGAGAAGAACCUCUCCGCUGAGGCUCUGGCCGAGUUCGCCAAAAACGCCUAUGCCAAGUCCAACAUUGCCCUUGUUGGCAGCGGUGUCAGCUCUGCAGAGCUCUCCAAGUGGGCUGGUGACUUCUUCAAGGCCGUCCCCGGCACCGGCUCCAGCCAGUACCAGCUCAAGUCCCACGAAAAGUCCACCUACUUUGGUGGUGAGCAGCGUAUCUCCAGCAAGGCUGGCAACGCUGUUGUGAUUGCUCUCCCCGGGUCCAGCACUUUUGGUACCCAAAACUUCAACCCCGCUGCUCAUGUCCUCGCCGCCCUCCUCGGUGGGGAGUCUUCCAUCAAAUGGACUCCUGGUUUCUCGCUUCUCAGCCAGGUUACCCAGGGUUUCGCCCAGGUCCGGGCUUCGACCAAGAACGUUGGUUACUCCGACGCCGGUCUUCUCACCAUCACCUUGACCGGCAAGGCUGACCAGCUCGCCGCUGCUGGAAAGAGCGCCGUCGACGCCCUCAAGAAGGUCGCCGCUGGUGAAGUCUCCGCCGAGGAUUUCAAAAAGGCCGCCGCUCUCGCCAAGUUUGGCGCCCUCGAGUCCGCCCAGACUCUCGAAACCGGCCUCGAGCUUACUGGGAAUGCCCUGGUCAACAACACCAAACCAUAUCAGAUUGGCGAGGUCGCCCAGGCCCUCGACAGCGUCACCGAGGCCAAGAUCAAGGAUUUCGCCAAGACCGUCCUCGAAUCCAAGGGCUCCGUCGCCGCCGUCGGUGACCUUGCCGAGCUUCCCUACGCCUCCGACUUGGGCCUCACUGUUUAA